GUCAGCGUCGGCCACGUUCAGCGAAGACGGGAGCAAGAUGGCGAUUCCGGGCAGGCAGUAUGGGCUUAUUUUGCCAAAGAAAGCACAGCAGUUGCACCCUGUUUUGCAAAAACCAUCAGUGUUUGGGAGUGAUUCUGAUGAUGAUGAUGAGACCUCUGUGAGUGAAAGCCUUCAGAGGGAAGCUGCUAAGAAGCAAGCAAUGAAGCAGACCAAGCUGGAAAUCCAGAAGGCCCUUGCAGAAGAUUCUACUGUCUAUGAAUAUGACAGUAUUUAUGAUGAAAUGCAGAAAAAAAAGGAGGAAAAUAAUCCCAAGUUGCUUUUGGGACAAGAUCGAAAGCCCAAAUAUAUUCACAACUUACUAAAAGCAGUUGAGAUCAGAAAAAAGGAACAGGAAAAAAGAAUGGAAAAGAAAAUACAGAGAGAGCGAGAAAUGGAAAAGGGAGAAUUUGAUGAUAAAGAGGCAUUUGUAACGUCUGCUUAUAAGAAAAAACUGCAAGAGAGAGCUGAAGAGGAAGAAAGAGAAAGGAGAGCUGCUGCACUUGAAGCUCAUUUGGAUGUAACCAAGCAGAAAGAUCUUAGUGGAUUUUAUAGGCACCUAUUAAAUCAAGCAGUUGGGGAAGAGGAAGUACCUACAUGCAGCUUUCGUGAAGCCAGGUCUGAGAUAAAGGAAGAGAAAUCAAGGGGUUAUUCCGAUGAAGUAAGUUCAGAGAAAAGAAUACCACAUGAAAAAUGCGUUCUCCAAGCUGUUGUGAAAGUAGAGGAUAACCCAGAUGCAGACAGUGACUUUGAUGCUAAAAGCAGUGAGGAUGAUGAAAUGAAAGAAAAUAAUGUGAACUGCAAAAGGGAAAGGCACACAGAGGACGCGAAGAGGAACUUCAGACAUCACAGGAAUAGGAAUCUAACACACUCACGAUCAUCUAGUGAAGAAAGAGAGCACGGUACCAAACAUCACACAAAAACUUCCAAAUCAAGAGGGCACGAGAAAAGGGAGGAUCGGCACCAGGAGAAACAACCCAGGGACCAGGGGAACUAUCACACUGACCGUGAAUACUGGGAAGAAAGGAAGGAUUCUCAUAGACACAAAGAGGCCAGUCACAGAGAGUCCCACUGGAAGCAGCAUGAACGGGAAGAUAAACUAAGGGGGAGAGGUCAAAGAGAAAGAAAUGACAGGGAACAGAAAAGGGAGAAAGACAGAGAGAAAUACCCCCCAAGAGAACACGAAAGAGAGAGAGAACAAAGUGAUCGUGACCGACAAAGUGAGAAAGAAAGAGAAAAGGAUGAGCAUAUGAAAGCAAGGAAAGAACGAUAUGAAAACAAUGAUAAAUACAGAGAUAGAGAAAGACGAGAAGUAAGUGUUCAUUCCUCAGAAAGAAAUCAAGACAGAAAAGAAAGAAGCCCCAAGGAAACAAAAGAUAAGUUUCUUGAUCAGGAAGGAUCGAGUAAAAUGAGAAGCAUGGAAAAGGACAAAGAAAGAAAUGCAGAGAAACACUCUACUUCUGAAACAUCGCUAGGAGGAAAACACACAAUCACAGAAGAAAGCCAAGAGCUGGGCAAAGAACAAGAGACAGUGAGCAAAUUUGCAAAGCGGAACAAUGAAGAAACUGUAAUGUCAGCUAGAGACAGAUACUUGGCCAGGCAAAUGGCACGGGUUAAUGCGAAGACAUAUAUUGAGAAAGAAGAUGAUUGAUGACUGCCUCAAUAAAAAGACCUGUGGAAGUACAGAAAAAAUAACUCCUGGAACAUGCAGUGUGAAUACAUAAAGAAUGCAUUGACAGUGGUUGGGAGGGUAUUUUUUAAUAUAUUAUUUUCAAAAUUCACUUUUGAUCUAAGAUUUAAAGCAAAAGUCAAUCCUUUUAUCCUGAAUGUUUGACUGAAUUGAUAUAUAAUAUUUACUUAUCAAUACCACACUUUUGGUUGUGAAAUCUAAACAGUGCUAAGUCCUUGUAGGUACUUAAUGAAGAAAAUUGGUUCUACGACAACCAUCAAAAUUUAUUUAAAUAACUCUCCUAAUGUUGGUUUUGUUGUAGGAGCUGUUUUUAUAGGUAUUGUAUUUCAAGUAAAAAUAUAUGGAUUUGAACAACUUGUAUUUUAUGUUCUGAAAUUUAUAUUAAAGUGUGAAUAUAAAUCAUAUAUCACCUAAAUAACUUUAGCUCACAGCAUAUAUAGCUUAAAUGAAAACAUAAAAAUAGUGAUAAGUUUGUACAUAUAAUCCAUGCUUAUAUUUUGUUUUGUCCCUCAUUUAUGCUAUAACUCCCUUUUUGUAAAUUUAAAAUCACUUUAAUUCUGAAACCCUAGCAAAUUAUUAAAUUGGUUAUAUAUAUAAAUCAUUUUAGCUAAAACUGAAAAAAGAUGGAGACAUUUAGCCUAAAUGAAAUUAAAGACCCAGGGGGCCUAUUUUAUGGAUGUCUUGUUUUAUUAUACUCUAAAAGAGCUAGUACAGCUUAGUGUAUAGUUUAUGUUAUGCAUCAAAAUAAAACUAGAAUUUUUCUACUAAGUCUUUAAAACUUACCACUUGAAAUACACAGUUAAUUCAUGGAGAAAGAGUGAGUGGGAUAAAGAAAAUAGUUCUUUAACAGCUCUUCUAAAAAGUACCAUUUAUAUCAUACUUUAUCAUGAAGUUGCCAUAUUUUCUUUUUAAGGAAAAACAUUUUAAUAAGGUUAGCUUUUAGAAAAAGCAUUGUAUGUUAAGGAUCAAACUUAGCACUUAUAAGUCAUUUAAUUAUACAUUUAAAACCAGAAAGGAAAGUAACAAGAAAGCUAAGGCUCAUCUCUCUUGACUGACACAUUAUAUAUAAUUUACAUACAAAUGCUUUAAAUAGCAACCUAAAGAAUGUGACAGUGACAAACACAAAAAGUACUGGCUUAGUGUAUACAAAGGGGAAUAGUAUAAUUAAGUAUAAUGGGUAAGUUAAGGUAAGAGAUGACCAUGAAUAACAGACUGAAGAUCUUCAACUUUGGGAGAGAAUAUGAUUCCUUUGUUAAGAGUGUUGGAAAGCUUAAUUUGACCAUGGUGUACAAGAUACAGUGUAGGAGGAAGAAACUGGAGUUGUUUGGGUAGCUCCUUUGAGUUUUAUUUUUUCCCUAUUGAGGGUGUGGCUAGGGCAUGAGAGGUGGGGAGGGUGGGCAGUGUUAAUACUAUCUGCCCUUUUUUCAUGACAUUCUGGUUCUUUGUAUAUUCUAGAUAGGAAUUUGUCUUUGCAAAGAGGACUUUCCAAGUCUUCUUCAUGACUUGCUUUUUACUUUCUUAAUAGCUUUUAAUGAAUGUAAAUCUUUAAUUUUUAUACAACUUAAUUUAAAAUUAGUUCUUCAAGUAGAACUCGACAUAUUUGAAAUUCUCAGCAUUCACUUAUAGCUGGCUGGUAGCUGCUGUAUGGAAACAUUUCUAUUGCAGAAAAUUCUGGACGCUAUUCUUGUAUAGAAGCAUCAUUGCCUACUUUGCACAUUUAGAUCUACUAUGCAUCUAGAAUGAAUUAUUGUGUAUGUUGUAGCAAGGAUUACAUUUUUAUCAGAUAGAGUCAGCAAUGAAUGAAAAUUUGUUCAAAUUAAGGAUUGUCAGCAUGAGCAGGUAAGAAUAUAGACGGCAUUUUUCACAUACUAAGUUUUCAAAACUGCUUUUUUUCAAAUAUAGCAAAAAAUGCUCUUGUCCAAGGUUUUUUGCAUUAAGGUGGGAUAACUCCUCCCCCCAAAUUUGUUUGGGCUGGUAAAGUUUUAGAAAUAAGGGGAUUCUUUAGUUACAUAGUUGAAGGACUGAGAACCAUCUGUUCUCUUUCCUAAACGAUAAGGUUCUUAGGUCAGCAGAUAGUAAACUUUUUCUGAUGAGGUGUUCCAUUAUGCUCAUUAUUUCUAAAUUAGAAUUGACCAGUGAAGAAAAAUCUAUUUUAAUUGCUUAAAAAAAUAAAUUUGCAUUCAUGGUACAGAGCAGCUUGACAUGGGUUUUGUUAUGUGUCGAUAAAAGAAAUACCACAUGAAAUUCCAAUUGAAAUUCCGUGAAUCAUUUCAAAGAUUUUUCUUGAAAAUGUGAGUUGUUUUGAAACCUUACUGUAGAAACAAUAGAUUCCAGCUAUGUGAAACUAAAGGACACAUUUAAGAUUCCAAUUUGAUAUAUGUUUUUCCAUUGUGAAUGCCUACUAAACCAAUUGAGAGUGAUACUUCAUUCUAGCAGAGGAAAUAAAAUUGAAGUCAACCUUUAGAAAUGUUCAGGUCACCAAAAAAAAAAACCCACAGUGAGAAAUUAGUUUGAUCACCAGGUUUGUCUUGUUUGCCUCCAAGGUAGUCUUCUGAACUUUUAAUAUUGUUCUAUCAUUAAAAUUUAGAGAUAGUUAAGCAAAUGAGAGAAAAGGAUGGUACUACAAAAAGAUUUAGCUCAUUGAAAUCUUCCUUCUAUGUGACUAAACAUGACGUUUUAAAUAAUAGCAUUGACUUAUCUGAUAAAUUUCAUCCUCUAACAUGCUUCUUAAGCACUUUCUAAGCUCACCUUCCUAGGUUAGAGCCUUUUGUGUUAUCCAUUGUAUUUAAAUCAUGAGUAAGCUCCAUGAUGGCUUUAAAAUUUAAACUUCCUGCUGUAUGACAAUUUUGCUUUUAAUGGGGAUGACAGGUUGUCAGGUUGCAGUAUGAAGUCUGAGAAACCUACUAUUCUUCCCCACCCCUGACAAAGAAAAAUGGGAGUGUGAAAAAAAGCUCUGAUUACUGCUGUUUAAUCGUUCUGAAAAGUUCUGAGAUUUUAAGCUCCAAGUGUUAUGAGUAAAGAGGCAUGCUAAAAAAGGAACCAGACUUGGAUUGUACUUCUUAGUAGCCAAUCAUUGUCUAAGAUGUAUGUAACAACAAUCCAGUUAAGCAAUUGCACUUCAUAAUGUUAAGCUUUGCUUUGACAGUGAACAUAGUUAUACAGCAGAUAAAAUAUAUCAGGUGUCUAUCCUACUUACCAAAGAGAAUACUAAUUUUGAGAUUGGUGGCACUACAUUAAGUUUAGUAGAAGAAUGCCCAGGAAGUGAUAUCUCACAGAAUAACUUUUUCCCUAUUUUGAGAUUUCAUGAUCUGAUUUGGGAGCUAUUAUGUUGACUUUGGGUUUGUCAGGGUCUUUACAUCCAUCUCCAGAUGGGGUGGUCAGGGCAUUGAACCUAAGUUAACAAAUUUUGUUUCUCACACAACAAAAUCAAGUAAGUUUUAAGUGGUUUGUAAACUUUUUGCAAAGAAGAUGAAUUAUUUGGACUUCAUUGCAUUUACAUAUAGAAAAUAACCUCUAAUAAGCGAUUGAACUGUUUCCAUGUCUUUGUCUUUUGUCUUACCUAUUUCUUGGGUACUUCUGUGUGAUAACAUUACAAAAGUCAGGCUAAAAUAAUUCUACAAUUCCUUUUUUUUUUUUAUUUUUUACUUUUAUGUAAAUGCUCACUAGUUGUAAAAUGUCUUAAAAAAUUCUCUUGAGGUCCACAUCCCUGCUUUUUUUUCCUUUUAUUAUGUCCAUAAUAAAAUUGAUACAUAGGGGUUACAUAUAUGCAAACUAUGCAGCACAGAGAUUUAAAAAAAAAAUUUAAGAGUCUGGUGAAGAUUGAAAAUUCAAAGUACCUAUGUGAUUCCCAUAAUACUUGGGCUUGGCAAAAUUCUUCGAAAAAAUGCUUUUUUAAAAACGGUAUCUUUGGAUGCCUGUGUGUGUGAAAUGGGGAGAAAGCAUAUCAGAAUAUCUUUAGAAAGCAAGUUCUUAAAUUUUGAAAAGAUACUGCUGAAUAUGCUUUCACUUAUAUAACCUUUCUCCUUGCAGCAUGCUAAAAAGCAUAGAGAAGUGGAAAUAAGGUAGCAAGAAGGAAUGCAAGUGAAGAUAAUGAAGGUAGGUCAGGUCAGUAAGCUAUUUUUCAGUCCCCUCACUUCUCACCAGCUAACAUCUGGAAGGAAAACAUCCUGCUAGGAAAAGCAGACUCAAAUAGGCUAUAGGGAGAAUACAGGAAGAUGGUUGGGGCAGAAAUUGUUGGGGAAGGGAAGCCAGAAAAAAAAAGGAGCUGUAAUUUGAUGAAAGCCAUUCUCUGCUAUACAGAUCUUCUUAUAAGGUUGUUAGAAUUAAAUUUGAUUUAUUUAAAGGACUGAUGGAUACCAUUGACUAAGCUUUAUUUUCUUUAAGAUUUUGGUAAAGAAACAUCACUAUAGGGUAAAUUUGCUUUUCUAAUUCAUCAGUCAUGUACCAAAUGCCAAAUAUUCUUGAUCUAUAUUAAGGACUAUGUCAAAUGAAAGGGUCAUUCACUUCAUUGAC